CAGCUCUACGACUACGUAAGGACCCAAGAUUCACGUGGACUCCAGAGAGAAGCCACAGGGAAAUGUCUGAAGCGGGGAUUAUUUUCAUUAUUUCAAAAGCGUCGUUGUCAUUCCUUCAUUCAUGCCUAUGCGCAGAUUUUGUAUCGUGUUAAUAAUUGUAUAAUAGGGAAAACGUGAAUACGCGACGUGGCCGCGAAGUUGUAGGAACUUGUUACAGUACUCAACGAUUUCUAUUUUGUUGUUUCAUGCGACUAACUGGUUUGCUAAGUUAAAGUUCGGAAAAACGGAAUCAAGGCAAAUGAAGAACAGAGGUGGAGGGGGAUACGGUAUAGACAACCGACUGAAACAGCGAGUUGAGCAGUAUUUGAGCACCCAGACAAGUCGGUAUGUCGACAUUGGAGCGAUGGCAGAAGCCCUCCAGAGGCUUUACAGGAUGGAAUAUGGGCGACGAAACAAAACUGCAUUUAGGAUCCAGGUGGAGAAAGUUCAUGGAGUGAUAUGCAGCGAGGCAGGCCUCACCGAUUUGGAGAACAAGCAUUUGGCAAAAAGGGCCAGGCACAGUCAUGGGGCUGAUGGGGAUGACACUAGUUUCACAGGCGACUCUUCGGAGAGCGAAGAGGAUUUGCCGGAACACCCCAGCAACCAGAUGAAUAACUCGCUGACGUCCCUGUACCGAAAGGGGGUUCCAGAAGGGGGCGCCCUUGCACCUGCGGAGCUACCAGGGGACGGCCCUGUCGCAGCCUCUCCUGUGAGCACUGCUCCCCCGGGGACCAAGGUGUCCAGGGGAGGCUGGUUCAUUGACAGGGGCCGGGGCGCUGAGGAGAAGAGCAUCCUGAUUGACCUCUGUGAAGAGGAUGAUGCCAGCUCGACGAAGCAGACAGAUGUUUCCCAGCUGGAGGCAGAGAAGAAACCAAAGAAGAACAGACUGAAAAAAGGAAAGCGACGGAAGGAUGGAGAUUCCCAGGGCAUUGAUGGGGACAUAGAGUCCAGCAUUAUGAACAAGAAAGCUCGGACGAAAGGCCCUGAGCUCCAGUACUCUCAGUUAACGUUUGAGGACGUCGGUGGCAACGAGGAGAUGCUGAAGGAGGUGUGCAAGCUGCUGCUCCACAUGCGGCACCCGGAGGUGUACCAGCAGCUGGGCGUGGUCCCCCCCCGUGGGUUCCUCCUGCACGGCCCCCCGGGCUGUGGGAAGACCCUGCUGGCUCAGGCGGUGGCCGGGGAAAUGGAGCUGCCCAUGUUGAAGGUGUCAGCCCCAGAGCUGGUGUCGGGCGUAUCAGGGGAGUCGGAGCAGAAGUUACGGGAGCUCUUUGAUCUGGCUGUGAGCAGCUCUCCGUGCAUCCUGUUCAUUGACGAGAUUGACGCCAUCACACCCAAGCGGGAGGUGGCGUCUAAGGACAUGGAGAGGAGGAUCGUGGCCCAGCUGCUCACCUGCAUGGAUGACCUGAACUCCUUGGCCGUCACGGCGCAGGUUCUGGUCAUCGGCGCCACGAACCGGCCCGACUCCCUGGACCCGGCGCUGCGCAGGGCGGGGCGCUUCGACCGAGAGAUCUGCCUGGGAAUUCCGGACGAAGGAGCUAGACUCCGGAUCCUGGAGACGCUGUGCCGGAAGCUCCGGCUGCCCGAGGACUUCGACUUCCGGCUGCUGGCGCGCCUCACCCCGGGGUACGUGGGCGCCGACCUGAUGGCGCUGUGUCGCGAGGCGGCUGUGAGCGCGGUCAACCGGGCCCUGCUGGAGCAGCAGGAGGGCCCCGCCGGGGCCGAGGGGCCCCAGGGGACCCCGGCAGAGCCCACGGGCGGGUCUGUGCAGCCCGAGGUUCAGCCUCCUGAAGGACAGGACGGCUGCCUUUCCGAGCCCCCCUCAGGGAGCCAGGAGGUGAGGGACGUCUGCCCCACCGUGGAGGAAGGGCUCCAGGCCCCAACACCUGUACAGGUCACCCCCGAGGCGGAGCUGUGCCGACUACUGGCCCUGUUGAAGAAGCCCAACUCCCUGAGCGAGCGGCAGCUGGCAGGCCUCUGUAUCCUCAUGUCCGACUUCCGGGACGCCAUGUCCUGCGUGCAGCCCUCCGCGAAGAGGGAGGGCUUCGCCACCGUGCCGGACGUGACCUGGGACGACAUCGGAGCCCUGCACGACGUCCGCGAGGAGCUCACCAUGGCCAUCCUGGCCCCAGUGCGCAAUCCAGAGCAGUUCAGGGCCUUGGGGCUGAACGCCCCUGCGGGGGUGCUCCUGGCCGGCCCCCCCGGCUGUGGGAAGACCCUGCUGGCCAAGGCUGUUGCCAAUGAGUCGGGGUUGAACUUCAUCUCGGUCAAGGGUCCGGAGUUGUUGAACAUGUAUGUGGGAGAGAGUGAGAGGGCUGUCCGUCAAGUGUUUCAGAGAGGCCAGAACUCCGCCCCUUGUGUCAUCUUUUUCGAUGAGAUUGAUGCCCUUUGCCCCCGGAGAUCUGGACACGAGUCCGGGGCCAGCGUCCGCGUCGUCAACCAGCUGCUCACCGAGAUGGACGGCUUGGAGACCCGUCGACAGGUCUUCAUCAUGGCUGCCACCAACAGGCCAGACAUUAUCGAUCCCGCAGUCCUCCGGCCCGGUCGUCUGGACAAGACGCUGUACGUGGGGCUGCCCCCUCCGCCGGACCGCCACGCCAUCCUGCUCACCAUCACCAAGGGAGGCACAAGGCCCGGACUGGAGGCUGACGUUAACCUGGAGGAGAUCGCCCAUGACCAGCGCUGUGACUGCUUCACUGGUGCCGACCUGUCUGCGCUGGUGAGGGAGGCCUCCGUCAGUGCACUGAGGACCUACCUCCACUCUCACCCUUCUUCCACAUAUCACACCAUGUCCUCGGGGCCGGUGGCAGACAUUAGGGUGGGCAGGCAGAACUUUGAAGAGGCCUUCAAGAAAGUAAAGCCCUCCGUGUGCAAGAAGGACCAGAAGAUGUACGAGAUGCUCAGGGAGUCACUGACCGGAUGAGGCUGACUGGUGGUGGGCAUUCGCUCAGAAAGUUUUCAGAAUGAAAAAUGCUGAAAAAUGUUUUGUCUAUGAAAGUGCUUUUUAAUAAAAGAUUGUUGAUCAUUUGCACCUUUA